AUGUCUGAUACCGCUACUUUUGCCAAUGAUAGCUCUCCGAUGGCCGCUGGAGCUACUGCGGUUGCUGAUAAAAAGGUCGUUGCAAAAAAGGCAACUAAGCCGAAAAAAUAUCGGAUUAAAACUCUUGCUGAGUCGAAAGCUGAAAAGGUCAUCAAGGAAAACCGAAAAAGAGCCAAAACUGUUAACGAUUUGGCUUUUUCAAAUCUCCAACUGUUGGAUGAGCCAGCAGAAGCAACGCAAGUCGAAGCGAUAAGCACCGUGAUGAAGAACAAAGUACGUCCAAACAAACCACCAGUGAUCAAAGGGAAAAUGUCUGAUACAGCUGCUGUUGCCAGUGUUAGCUCUCCAGUGGCCGCUGGAGCUACUGCUGUUGCUACCCUUCCACCAACUUAAGAAAUGGUUCAUACAUCAAUUCAGAAUUUGAAAGAACGUGGUAGCUCAUAACUUGUGGCUAUUAAGAAAUAUGUUAGUGCUACAUACAAAUGUGAUGCCCAAAAAAUGGCAUCAUUUAUCAAACGAUAUUUGAAAUCGGUUGUUGCUAACAGAAAAUUGAUUCAAAUCAAAGAGGGUACAUCGGGAUCAUUUAAAUUAUCAGCUGCUGCUGCUAAACAAAAAGCCGAUGGUCCAGCAUCGAAAUUGGCGAGUGGUGCAAAGGAGGUAAGUGGUGAGAAAAAAGUAAAAAAAGCUCUUGUCGGUAAGAAAACUGCAGAAAAGAAGAAACGUGAAAAAUCUAAAGCGAAGGAUGUUAAAAGGACUGGUAGUGUUAAAGCUGAAGCGGUUAAAACUAGAUUAACAGGAACCAAGCCAAAGGCCUUGAUCCGCUCUCGGGCAUCAAAAGCAAAAUCAGCCGCUGCCAAACCCAAAAAACAAACAGCUGACAAAAAACAAGCUAAGCAAAUGGAAUUAUCAAUUUUGACAGCGGGUUAUAUGAUAAAGUUAGAUGUUAAGGAUAAGAGUGUGAAGGUAGAAAAAACUGACGAAGCGGAGGAGAAAAUGAGAGAAGCUUGA